AUGGCACCAGUGCAGACAUUCAGCUCCAGCCCCAUCACCGCGGCCAAGGCUCUCGGACCGACAGCAGCGCCGUCGCCACCCGCCGCGCGCAACACCACUACGCAAACCACCACCACCAUUGCGACCGCGCCUGGAGGCCACGGAUCGCCAUUGUCAGCGCAGCAAGGAUCCAGACCGUUCAAUACAUCGGCGACCUCGUCGGCCUCGACUCCACCGCACGCACCGGCGCCAGCGGCAGCGACGACGACGACGACAACAGCGUUUGGACACGUCCAGUCCGCCACGCCUACCAAGACAACAACCACCACCAGCCACGAUGAUGGCAGCUCUCCCGCGCCGCCACAACCUGGCGCUGCGCCCACGCCCCAACAAGGCGGUGCAGUGGCUGCCAGGACGCUGCCUCCGCCACCGAAGAAGGGUGAAACACUAGGUCCCGAGCACACGGGCGUGGGGUCGACCGCGCCGCCGCCGCCGCCCUCUGCCUAUCCGCCUCCGACAAUGAUGCCCGCGCAGAUGGCCUACCCUCCGCCCUCCAUGCCACACUCCUCCAUCAGAGGCACUUCUUCCACCUCUGCAGGGACCUUCGCCUCGCCAGGGCCGGUACCGCUGCCCGUGGGCACCGCGCUCGAUGCCGGGACGGAUUUGUCGCACCCCCCGGGCUACCGGCAAGAUGCCCGCGCGGCCGACUUCUCCAGCGGUCAGCGCGCGGCGCACGAGGCGUACGUGGCGCAAAACUCUUCCUCUUCCUUUGGGAUGCCAGGCGCGGGCGGCGGCGGAGAUGGGGAGGACAGCAGCAUCUGGGGCACGGCGAAGAAGUGGGCGGCGGCGGCCGGGGACACCCUGGCGGCGGCCGAGGGUGAGGUCUGGAAGGCUGUGAACAAGGAUCAAAAGUAG